CCGUGAUCUUCGCUCAAGAACUUUUGAACGAUCGGUGCAACGAUUCGAAAAAAUACCAGGCAAGAUGAUAAUUCCAAUCCGUUGCUUCUCAUGCGGAAAGGUCAUCGGCGAUCUAUGGGAUCGUUACCUUAAGUUGAUUGAGCAGGAUGACAUGAAGGACAGUGAGGCUAUGGACGCUCUCGGUUUGAACAGAUACUGCUGCCGCCGCAUGGUCAUGACCCACGUCGACCUCAUCGAGAAGCUUUUGCGAUACAAUCCGGCCGACAAGGAGGCACAGCGACAGCUAGAUGCUAGGAUACAAGCACAGCGGGCGGCUGAGAGAGAUGGACACUAAGAUGACGCGUAUUGCACACUUUUUGAGAAUUAGAGUCAGUAUCAGGGGCUAGGAAGCCCACGAAGUUCCAAGCCACGACGCUAUGAAUGCGCGUCUCGCGUACGGACAAGCGCGUGUAACGAAACGAAGAAACCAUAUUGAGGACAAAGAAGUUUUGUAAGAAUGACUUCGGCUCUUGUUGUCAUCGUGACAGCUCGCGGCCAGGCAAUGGAAUACCAGUUGGAAUGAGAAAGCAGAGAGAACAACGCAUGAAUGUACAUCAUACUAGGAGAUGAGUCACAAACAACUCUGCAUCAGGCCAGGGCAUGAUAUGGCAGCUCUUUCCAAUGCCUCUGAUCUCCUCCAUCUUGUAUAUUGUUGCAAAAUGGCUCUCUUGCCUCUUCGGAAAUUGCUCGGCUAUCCACUCGUCUCCGCACGUCGUUUCUUGGCCGGUCUCC